CAUAUUUAAAAAGUUGAAAGUGUUAGUUUAAUGCUUUUCUCUGCCGACAACAUUCUACAAGCUUGUGUGAAAGAUAAAACAGGACAAAGAAUAAUCGAAUAAAUCUGGUUUAUAGCGCCAAUGGAUUCCUUGCAAACGUAUGAUCGUUAUCUGUACAAUCCAAUUGCUUUUUUCUGUUUAUAAAAGCCAAAGAAGUUUCAUUAAUCUAACAAGAAAGAGUGUCCUAAAAUUUCAAGCAAAAUGACUGAACAAGAGCAAACUUCAGAAUAUCAUGGCACUCCUUGGAAGGCUAAUCAAAAUAAAUCGGAAGUAUUAGGGGGAGGUGAGGUUUGCAUCUGUUCAAAGGACUUGAAAAUUGUUUGGGGAGAUGAUUGGAGGUUUUGGAAACAGGUGAAAAUUCCGAAUGGUGAUAAUAAAUGGUUAAAAUGUGAAGAUGGAAUGGAGUUGGUUCAAGUGUGUUAUCUGGAAGUAACAGGGACACUAGACUUGGAUAAACAAGAACAGUUGUCAGCAGGCAAUACUUAUGAAUUGUUCUACAUUAUAAAGUUCAAAAUUGAUGCAUUUGGGUGGCAGGAUUGCCCUGUUUUACUUCACUUAGUGACCCCAAAUGGUGAUAAGAUUAAGAAAAGUGUCAACUUUGAAGAUUACAGGAAGAAGGGUGAAGGAUGGUACCCAGUUCUUGGAGGUGAAUUCACUGUUGGAUCACCCUUGAAGGGAAAAAUCAGCUUUGGAAUUCAUGAAACAGAGACUCCUUUUUGGAAGGGUGGCAUAAUCCUUCACGGUGUCCUUAUUCAACCCAAGAAAUAAUUAAUUCCCUUCUAUCUACCUAUCUAUCUAUGGAUCUGUUUAGUUUUUAUUUUUGUGAUUUGGAUUGUGUGAAACUUUUGUGCUACAUUAUUAUACAUGUAAUUGGAGAGCCUGAUGAGGUGUAUGUUGUGGUUUUCUUUAAUUCUGUUGUAUUCUGUCCAAUGGUCAUUUUAUGAUAUAAACAGUUGAUUAAUCUUUA